GAACUGAUUCCAGAGUUCUAUUACCUACCAGAGAUGUUUGUCAACAGUAAUGGAUAUAGUCUUGGAGUCAGAGAAGAUGAAGUGGUGAUAAAUAAUGUUGAUCUCCCCCCUUGGGCAAAAAAACCUGAAGACUUUGUAAGGAUCAACAGGAUGGCCUUGGAAAGUGAAUUUGUUUCUUGCCAACUCCAUCAGUGGAUUGAUCUUAUAUUUGGCUACAAACAGCGAGGACCAGAAGCAGUUCGUGCUCUGAAUGUUUUUCACUACUUGACGUACGAAGGAUCUAUGAACCUGGAUAGCAUCACUGACCCUGUGCUCAGGGAGGCCAUGGAGGCACAGAUACAGAACUUUGGACAGACACCAUCUCAGUUACUAAUUGAGCCACAUCCGCCUCGGAGCUCUGCCAUGCAUCUGUGUUUCCUUCCACAGAGUCCACUCAUGUUUAAAGAUCAGAUGCAACAGGAUGUGAUCAUGGUGCUGAAGUUUCCAUCAAAUUCUCCAGUAACCCAUGUGGCAGCUAACACACUGCCCCACCUGACUAUCCCUGCUGUGGUGACUGUGACCUGCAGCAGACUGUUUGCAGUGAAUCGAUGGCACAACACAGUAGGCCUCAGAGGAGCUCCAGGGUACUCCUUGGAUCAAGCCCAUCAUCUUCCCAUUGAAAUGGAUCCACUCAUUGCCAAUAAUUCUGGUGUGAACAAACGGCAGAUCACAGACCUUGUUGACCAGAGUAUCCAAAUCAAUGCACAUUGUUUUGUGGUCACAGCGGAUAAUCGCUAUAUUCUCAUCUGUGGAUUCUGGGAUAAGAGUUUCAGAGUUUAUUCUACAGAAACAGGGAAAUUAACUCAGAUUGUAUUUGGCCAUUGGGAUGUGGUCACCUGCUUGGCCAGGUCUGAAUCAUACAUAGGUGGGGACUGCUAUAUUGUGUCAGGGUCUCGAGAUGCAACCCUGCUUCUCUGGUACUGGAGUGGGCGACACCAUAUCAUUGGAGACAACCCUAAUAGCAGUGACUAUCCUGCACCAAGGGCUGUUCUCACAGGCCACGACCAUGAAGUUGUCUGUGUUUCUGUCUGUGCAGAGCUUGGACUUGUUAUCAGUGGUGCUAAAGAGGGCCCUUGCCUUGUCCACACAAUUACUGGAGAUUUGCUGAGAGCCCUUGAAGGACCAGAAAACUGCUUGUUCCCGCGCUUGAUUUCUGUCUCCAGUGAAGGCCACUGUAUCAUAUACUACGAACGAGGGCGAUUCAGCAAUUUCAGUAUUAAUGGAAAGCUUUUGGCUCAAAUGGAAAUCAAUGAUUCAACACGGGCAAUUCUCCUGAGCAGUGAUGGCCAGAACCUGGUGACUGGAGGGGACAAUGGUGUGGUCGAAGUCUGGCAGGCCUGUGACUUCAAGCAGCUGUACAUUUACCCCGGAUGUGACGCUGGCAUUAGAGCAAUGGAUUUAUCCCAUGACCAGAGGACUCUGAUCACUGGCAUGGCUUCUGGUAGCAUUGUAGCUUUCAAUAUAGAUUUUAAUCGGUGGCAUUAUGAGCACCAGAAUAGAUACUGAAGACAAAUGAAGAACCAAAAGCCAAGUUAAAACUGAGAGCACAAGUGCUGCAUGGAAAGGCAAUAUCUCUGGUGGAAAAACUCGUCUCCAUCGCCUCCGUAUGUACAUUCCAUCACACCCAGCAAUAGCUGUACAUUGUAGUCAGCAGCCAUUUUACUUUGUGUAUUUUUUCAUGAAUAAAUACCAGCUUCUACCAAGCAAGCUUUUAUCAUGUAAAUUAUAAGAAUUGGGAAAUGUUUUGGUAAUUAUUUCAUAUAUUGUGGUUAAAUGAGAAAAGGUAGUAAGACGCACAAGAGACUUUUGACAAUUCUGAGGAACCUCGUGUCCAGUUGUUACGAAGUUAAGCUCUGAACCUAACCCGCAUCCCAUUUCCAGCCUCUUUUCAAGCUGAGAAAGAAAAAAAAAACAUGUUUGAUACUUUGUACAUCAGAUGCAUCUUAUUUAAAGGGAUACUUUUGUAAAAGUAAAACCUUGUAUAAAAAAAACAACCACAAUGUUUCUUAAUUUUAUUGUGGAGUUACAACUUGCAUGCUCUUUAACCCUGAUGUCUUGAUGGAAAAGGUGCAUCCAUACUAUGAAACAGAAAGAUCUGUCCAAGGACACAGCUCAUAUAAAAUGGUUGUAUUUGGGAUCAAUCGGUAAUCUUUGACAUUUUCGCUAAAAUAUGGUAUGUACUUUUUAAUCUAAAUUCAUCCCUUCCAAGUGAAAUUUGGUCAUAAAGCAUUUGGAUACUAAGCCAUUAUUUGCCAUUUUUUGGUACUUUAUACAUAGAAAAUUCAGCCCCACCCAUCAUAAUUUGAAGACACAGCAGAAAGGGGAAUUAGGGAUGAGGUCUGGGUUUUUAUUGUAUAAAUAGAGUCAUGAUCAUUAGUUCAAUAGUAAUGACUUCCCAGCUUCUGGACAUUUCUUCCAGAGUCAUCUGCUGGCUUCAUCUCUUUACAUUAGGGGAAGAGAAUCUGAUGCCUUUUGGUUGUUGUUGUUCUUGCUGUUUUGUUUUUCCCUUUGGUUCUUGAAUAGCUUAGUUUCUUUAAUAACAAGUUGGACUUAAUCAUGACAAUAACUAAAGUUAUUAUUUUAGGUUUCUGUGAAAUUCUCACCUAAAGCCACAUUCCUAAGGCACUUCAUCUUUUAUGAUAUAAAAUUAUGGCUAUCAAAUUAUUUUCCAUACAUUGUACUGAUCAAGUUAUAUACCCAAGGGUAUAUACACUUUAUUUAUGUUUCUUCUUUGUAUAUUUGGUGACUGUAUUGUCAUAGAUGUACAUAUUGUGUCAGUAGGGCUAUGAGGCAUGUUACAGGAAUGUAAUUUUCUCAGAAUUUACACUUACUUGCAGUCAUUUAUUUAAAAAGAUAAAACAGGAUAAUGGUUUCUUUCUAUUGGCACUUUGCACCAGAAACAUAUCAUUAUUUAUUUAUGUGAUUACUUAUUUGUUAUUCACCUGUACUAGUAAGUUUUAGAACUGAAUUCCUUUUUCAUUGUUGUUUGUAUUUAUGAAAUCCUGAAAUUGUGGGAAAUCAGAGUAAUGAUUAAGUUAUUCAUCACCAGGCUGUAAGCAAUAUCUUGAGUUUGUAGCUUAGAAUUGGGAGGACACAGAACAUCUGGAAGACAAGUUCAUUUCAUCUUGAGAUCAUGGUGGAAUAUUUUGGAUAUAUAAAUUCCUUAAGCUAUUGUAACCAUGUUUUAUUGCAAAGAUGUAAAAUACGCCAGAUGUGUGUGAGUUGGAUAUCAACAAAUGAAAAAUAAAAUAUGCAAAGAAUUGA